AGUUAUGGCAUUUUAACUUCUUCUUCUUCGUGACUGUACCUACAGACUCUGAGUCUCUCGCAACGACGACGACGGCGACGACGACGACGACGACGACUUGCCAUGAAGCUCAACUGUCCUGUAAGCGUCCAAGAUGACUUCGGUCCCAUUGUUCGCGGCUGCGGGUCCGAUUUCGACUUCACGCUGCUCUUCGAGGAGAGCAUCCUCUUCAUCGGGCCUAUGCUGCUUGCAAGUGUCCUGGCUAUCUUGGAACUCGCUCGUCGGUACAACCACCAAACACUUUUCAGAGGUGGCAUUCUGCUGUCGCUAAAGCUUUUUAUUUGGAUUGGCCUUAUUGCAUCACAAAUUGCGUUUCUCGUCGUCGUUUCGACCCAUGGCCCUCGAACGAGAGCUUCGAUUGCUGCAGGAGGCAUCGGUAUAGCCUGCACGCUGAUACUGACAUGCUGCUCAUACUUGCAACACGGUCAUGGCACGCGCUCGUCGUCGGUGCUUGUGCUAUAUCUUCUUUGGACGCUCCCGAUGGACGCUCUGCGCGCCCGUACCCUCUGGGGCACCGUAGACGGCCGCGGUGCAGCCAUCACAAUUAUCACAUACGCAUCGUUUAAGCUCUGCGCUUUUAUCCUAGAAAUCAUUUGGAAAUGCGAGUUUGCGUUACAGAGCGGCUUGUGCGAUGCUCCUGAAGAGAAGCAUGGUAUCAUCGAAAGAGCUCUCAUGCUACGCGUGAUUCCACUCUUCGCCAGGGGCUAUCGUAUCCCACUGCAGGCUCAAGAUCUGUACAAGAUUGCCCCAAGAUUAAUGAAUGGGAACGAAAAGGAAGCGACCACUGCAGGGCUCGUGAUAGACAUUUUCACAUCGAAUUUUUCAGAAGUAUUGCUGGAUCCUAUUUUUCCUCGCCUCGGCUACCUCGCGCUUCAAUUCACUCAACCUUUUUUGGUUGAGCGAGCAAUAGACCUCAUAUCUGAUACGAGGGGUCGCAAUUUCUAUCUGAACGGCGGUGGAUUGAUUGCUGCAUAUGGAAUCGUCUACAUCGGCAUUGGGAUCAUGGCUUCAACUUACGAGGGAAAGGCUGCUCGCGCAGCAACUCUUGUCCGUGCCGAUCUUUCCACGCGCAUAUUUCAGCAGUCUCUAAAAUUAGACCGCACUGUAAUUUCGAAAGACUCGAACACGACAAUGAUUACGGCUGACGUGGAGCGAGUGCAAGCCGGCGUCCGAAAAAUGCAUGACCUUUGGGCCAACCUUGCGACUGUUGGUCUUGGUUUAUGGCUGGUUGAAUCUCGUCUUGGGCCUUCAUCUCUACUCACUUUGGCGCUGAUCUUUGUUUGUCUUGUCCUUACUGCAUGGUGGUCGGCUCGCGCCAGUAAAUACCAGGAGACGUGGCUCAAAGCAAUGGAGACACGACUCCAUAAAACUGUCCAGGUCUUGAAAGGUAUCAAAGUCAUCAAGCAGAUGGGCGGUUCUCAAGCUAUUUUCGAGCUGCUUCAAGCUGAGAGAGCUUCGGAAAUCGGACUAUCCAAACGUUUUCGCCUAGAAAUGAUUGCCAUCAUCACAUUGUCCUUCUCUUCAAUCACUACGCUUCCUGCAAUAGGCCUGGUCCUACCUGUCGCCCUCUCGAAAGCGCAGGAUGGUCAGCUACUGAGCGCCCGCAAUGCAUUCGCCGCCCUGACACUUUUCCAACUUGUGAGCUCGGGUAUACAAGAUGGCGCUGCUCAUGGAAUGCAGCUUAUGGUAGCUAUUGGUUCCUUGAAACGAGUUCAGGCAUCCCUCAAUCAGCGCAUGUGGAAAGAUGGGCGACGGCAUGCGGGAGACGAAAGUACUGACACCAUCGUCGUGGGAUCGGAGUCAAGCAAUAAUAGCACUGCUGAUUAUGCGCCAGAGAAAGAGCCGCGCGAAAAGCGCAUCGAAACAGAGUUCGCGAUGACGUUGGACAAGGUCACUACCAAAUGGAGCGAUGAAGGCGACUUGAUUGUCAAGGAAAUCAGCUUCAAUAUUCCACGAGAUGGACUUACCGUCAUCUACGGACCAACAGGCAGUGGCAAAUCAACAUUGCUGAAGCUCAUGACUGGCGAUAAUCUCCCCGUGUCAGGAAAAGUCUCUACUGCGGAUCGGCAUAUUGCAUUCUGUGAUCAACCACCGUGGAUUGCAAAUCUCAGUAUCAGGGACAACAUUGUCGGUGCUCGUCCUUUUGACGAGAAACUGUACUACACUGUACUAGACACGUGUGCCCUGGAUCGCGAUAUCAGAGAACUUGCUGAAGGCGAUCAGCAUAUGUGCGGGUUGAAUGGCGUGUCUGUUAGCGGCGGACAGAGAGUUCGUAUUGCUUUAGCCCGAACAUUGUAUUCAAGAGCAAAUAUUGUAAUCCUUGACGAUUGUUUCGUGGGAUUGGAUGGGCGCACAGAGAAGCAUGUGCUCGACAAGCUCUUCGCGUCGGAUGGCAUCUUGAGUUCCCGGGCGACAAUCUUGGCUACAAGUUCACCGAGAUACCUUUCCCUGGCAAACCACGUUAUCACUAUCGACGCCAACUGCAAUGUUGUACGAGAGGGACAAUACAUUGAUGUAGGGGAGUACACAGGCGUCGACCAAAUUGAGCAAAUGGAAUUACAACAGCAGAACGCCGCACUGGAAUCUCAUCGAGAGGACGAUUCUGAGCUCUUGAGAGUCGCAAAGGACGUCAGCGACACCACUAACAGCGGCGACCUGGCUGUGUACCAAUGGUAUUUCCAAGCUGCCGGCAAGCGAAACUUUGCCCUGUUCCUCAUUUUGUGCUCGCUUUUCGUCGUUGGAUCGACCUAUCCCCAGAUCUUUUUAAGAAGCUGGACAGAAAAGACCCUCCAAGGCCAGAAAUCAACUGUCAGUAGCUUUUACGGAGUCUUAUUCGGUGUAGGCUCAAUGGCGUGGCUCGGUUUCUACGGCGCCUGCAUCUGGCUAUUUUUGCAGAUGGCGGUCCGAGUAGCGCGUUCAUUCCACACAAUGCUUCUUGAAACAAUGCUCAAUGCUUCAAUGGAUUUCUUUGCCACAAAUGAUAGUGGGCGCACUCUCAACAGAUUUAGUCAAGAUUUGCAGAUCAUCGACAUGGAAUUGCCCCUAAGUUUCAUCGGAACGGCCAUUUCUACUCUUACCGUGAUUGCUCAGUGUGUGGUUAUUAUUGUGGAAUCACCCUGGACCGGAUUCGCCGUGCUCGGUCUCGCAAUUGUUCUACUUUUCGUUUUCCGCGUUUAUCUGAGGUCAACACGAAGACUCCGGUAUUUGGACAUUGAAAUGAAAGCACCAGUCUUAUCGCUCUUGAUAGAAUCCAUCGACGGACUUGCUACCGUCCGCGCUUUUGGCUGGAUCGAGUGGUAUGUGCGAAGAGGGCUCAAGGUCUUGGGCCAAGCGCAAGUACCUUUCCACCUCCUUCAGACAGCUCAAGUCACUUUGAACUUGUGGCUCGAUCUCCUCGUUGCGAUGCUGGGUAUAGUGGUCACUUCUAUUGCCGUGGGGACUCACAGCUCGAGUGGCGGCAGUCUGGGUCUCGCCUUGCUAAACAUUGUGGGACUCGGGCAGUCAGUGAGAAUUGUCGUCCACUUUUACACCUCUCUCGAAAUUACCCUUGGUGCCGUGGCCCGCAUCCGGGACUUCGUCUUGCAGACCGAGUCAGAAAAUGCUGGGCGGCAAGAGCCGCCUCCUGAAUGGCCACGAAUUGGAUCUAUCGAGAUUCAGAACGUCAACGUCUCACAUUCGAGCUCUCUCCCGCCCGUCAUAGAGGGAUUCGAACUGAACAUCGCGCCCGGCUCCAAAGUUGCGAUCUGUGGUCGCACUGGAAGCGGCAAGAGUACAUUGUUAAACUCGCUUCUUCAGCUCGUCCACGUCUCAGCUGGUACCAUCCUGAUUGAUGGCGUUGACAUUGCGACGCUCCGCCCCAAAGAUAUCCGGACGCGCCUUGUGACUCUUCCCCAAGAAACUCUCAAACUCUCUGUGAGCAUCCGUCAAUAUGCAAAGGUUUACGGUAUCUCCAACGACAAGGACAUUAUCCGUGGGUUGACUGAAGUCGGUCUUUGGUCCAUCGUUGAGCGGAUCGGUGGCUUAGAUAUGCUCCUCACCGAUGACAGCCUUUCUCAUGGUCAACGGCAGUUGCUUGGGAUGACUCUGGCGUGUCUCCAACGAGGCAAGAUUGUUUUAAUGGAUGAGCCAACGAGCCACGUCGAUGUUAAUAUCCAAUCACAAUUCCACCGCGCCAUCUUCAAUACCUUUUCAGAAAGUACUGUCGUGUGCAUUACGCAUCAGGUAGACACAAUCCUCGACUUUGACAUUGCAAUUGUGUUGGAUCGCGGCAAGAUCGUCGAGCACGGGAGUCCAAGAGCGCUGCUAAAUGAAGAGAAUUCUAAGCUGAAGCAGCUGUACUCCUUGCAAAAAGCGGAGGCUGUCAUGGUUGAGAAAUUAUCUGAUAGCGAUAUACAAAAUGAAUAGUUGGUAGCGUCUCAUUUGUAUGGAAGCUUGUCAUGGCUCAGCGCCGUGAUUUGGCCCUCUUACAUGGCAGCGAACCGGACACGCCAACAACGAUCCAUCGACAAUUCAAGGCGAUAACAACCUCUCUUAUAUCACAUGAAUUGGUACAAGAUCAUUGCACCUCUCAAAUGACCCAGUUCCACAGUUUCAUGUCCGUGCCAACUUGGAUGCCUGUCGCAGCUACAUUAACGGUCAGAUCGAGGGCACCUACUGGCAGGUGACCUGGACUACAACGUUGCAAACUCAAUCCACUGAAAAAAAACAUAUCAUUCGCAUUUGUAAUAGGUUGCUACUAAUAGAUCAUCAUGUUUUUGUCGACCUUUGUUGCAUAUACUUUGUGUCAAUUGUCAAUAUCAGCAUCUCCUACUUUUGUUUCCUUUUCAGCUUUACUAAUCAGCGAGUGGUUAUUGUCUGUUGUCGUUUGCAUUUAGUUAUAUUUCCUUAUUAAGAUGAGAAUAACC